GACGUGGUUUGGUUGAUACAACCCGCCCCUCUUCCACAAAACACAGCGGCUAAGCUUUUUAGCAGCUCUGUGUUCAUUUAAUAAUAAACAGUGCUGUGGUUAUAACUGCGUAUGAUAUCAGCGCGUGAAGCAGAGAGCAAGGACAUGGGCUGUGAAGGAAACGCAUGAGGGAAUGAUCUGAACUGUUCCCGGCCACUUACUGAGCUGUCUGAUUCGAGGAGAGUCGUUCCGGUAUGGAGGCCUCCGCAAUUUUGCCUGUGCUGAAGAAGAAAUUGGCGUUUUUGUCAGGAGGUAAAGACCGGCGCAGCGGCCUGAUCCUGACCAUCCCGCUAUGCACGGAGCAGACGAGCAUGGAGGAGCUCAGCUCCACUCUGGACUACUUGCUCGGCAUCCCCAGUGAGAAGUGUAAAGCACGUGGUUUCACGGUCAUCGUGGACGGACGGAGAUCUCAGUGGAACGUGGUGAAGACGGUUGUUCUGAUGCUGCAGAACGUGAUCCCAGCUGAGGUGUCCUUAGUGUGUGUGGUGAAGCCAGAUGAAUUCUGGGAUAAGAAGGUCACCCAUUUCUGCUUCUGGAAGGAGAAGGACAGGCUUGGCUUUGAGGUAAUCCUGGUCUCGGCUAAUAAGCUCACACGGUACAUCGAGCCUUGCCAGCUGACCGAUGAGUUUGGAGGGAGUCUGCAGUAUGACCACAUGGACUGGCUCAACAAGAGGCUGGUGUUUGAAAAGUUCACCAAGGAGUCCACUUCCUUGUUGGACGAGCUCGCCAUCAUUAACGAAAACGAAAAGACCACUCAGCCGGAUAAGUCCAGGCCUUCAGAGUGUAACGCCCUGCCAUCAUUCGACCCAGAAACUGUCCUGCAAACCGGUCACGAGUUGCUGUCGGAGCUGCAGCAGAGGAGGUUUAACGGCUCCGAGGGUGGCGGCGGUGGUGGUGGCGGCGGCGGUGGAGGCGGAGGAGGAGGAACGGCCUGGUCCCCGAUGGACGACGAGCUCCUGGCUCAGCCGCAGGUCAUGAAGCUGCUCGACUCUCUGCGCGAGCAGUACACCAAGUACCAGGAAGUGUGUCGCCAGCGCAGCCGCCGCUCGCAGCUCGACCAGAUCCACACCAAGGUCAUGCAGGUGGUGAACUGGCUGGAGGGUCCUGGCACCGAGCAGCUCCGCACUCAGUGGGGAAUCGGAGACUCGAUCCGGGCGUCACAGGCCCUACAGGUCAAACACGAGGAGAUCGAGAGCCAGCACAGUGAGUGGUUUGCUGUGUACGUGGAGCUGAACCAGCAGAUGGCGGCGCUGUUGAGCGCAGGCGACGAGGAGGACCUGUUGGAGCUGAAGAAUCUGCAGCAGCAGCUGAGUGACGUGUGUUACAGGCAGGCCAGCCAGCUGGAGUUCAGACAGAACGUCCUACACUCAGCCCAUGAGUUCCACAGCACAGCACAGGAUCUCUCUCAGCAACUGGACGGUCUGCUGGGCAUGCUCUGCGCAGACGUCGCCCCCGCCGACGGAGCCGCCAUUCAGCAAACGCUCAAACAUCUGGAGGAGAAACUGAAGAGUGUCGAGGGAGCUCUGCAAGGCCUGAGGGAGAAGGGUCAGGUUCUGCUGGACCAGAUUUCUAACCAGACAUCCUGGUUCUAUGGGAAAGACAUGCAGAUCGAGAACAAGGAGAACGUUGACCACAUCCACAGCGUCAUGGAGGACAUGCAGCUGCGCAAGCAGAGGUGUGAGGACAUGGUGGACGUGAGGCGGCUGAAGAUGCUGCAGAUGGUCCAGCUUUUCAAAUGUGAAGAGGAUGCUUCACAGGCUGUAGAGUGGCUCACUGAGCUGCUGGAUGCCCUGCUGAAGACCCACAUCAGGCUGGGAGACGACACACAGGAAACUAAAGUCCUUCUGGAGAAACACAGGAAGUUUGUGGAUGUUGCACAGAGUACAUACGACUACGGCAGGCAGCUGCUGCAGGCCACUGUGGUGCUUUGCCAGUCUCUGCGCUGUGCCACGCGCUCCUCAGGCGACACGCUACCCCGACUGAACCGCGUGUGGAAGCAGUUCACCAUCACCGCCGACGAGCGCCAGCACCGCCUGGAGACAGCCAGAGACUUCCAUGCUGCUGCUGAGAGGGUUCUGAGAGACAGCCCGGACCAGGCCGGAUUGCUGGAUCUGGAAUCGUUUGAUGAAGUGGAGACAGUGGGGAAGGCUCUGCUGGACCGCCUCACUGUGCCAGUCAUCUUUCCUGAUGGGAGUGAGCAGUUUUUCGGCAGCCCCAGCGACAUGGCGUCCUCAGCCGAGAACAUCCGUGACAAGAUGAAGCUCGUGGAGGACAAGAGGCUGCAGAAAGAAUCGGCGAGACCCCUCGAGGAGGAAACCGCUCCGGAGGAAUUCCCCGACGAGAGUUAAUGUCGAGUCUAAUCUAAUCACCGCGCAGGCCACUAUGUCCUAAUAUAUGCCUUUCCAAGCCAUGUUAACCUCCCAGGAUCUGUUUAAGGUAGUACAUAUGUAGAUUCCUGUUGCAUUGCUUACAUCCAUAUAUAGCAGAACGAACACACACACACACACACACACGCACACACACACACAAAAAAAAAAACAA